AUGCGAUUCUCUUUUACAGUGGGAAAUGAAAUUCCUAUUUCUCAAGUUCGAGAUGAUGUAGCACAUGCAUUUAGAAAGGAAAUCGAAUGGCAAUCCUUACAAGAAAAUGUGUACUCUAAAAAAGAUGAUGUGGUAACUGCAAUAUCACUGGAAAUAUCAAGAUGCAAGAUCAAUAAGCUUGUUAUUGGAGCUUCUUCUUGUAGGAUAUUCUCAAGAGCUGCGGGUCGUCCCAAAUCCCUCCGGAGUUCAGCUUCGAACAGAGCCGCGGAGUUCAACCGCAAUGGAAUUUGUAGUGGGAGUUAUGUGGCUGAACAGAGGGAGCUGGAUAGGAAAUGGGUGAAUUUUUAG